AUGGCCGCGAGAGGAGGCCGGGCGCUGCUGGCGCUGUGCGGGGCACUGGCCGCCUGCGGGUGGCUGCUGGGCGCCCAAGCCCAGGAGCCCGGGGCGCCCGCGGCGGGCAUGAGGCGGCGCCGGCGGCUGCAGCAGGAGGACGGCAUCUCCUUCGAGUACCACCGUUACCCCGAGCUGCGCGAGGCGCUGGUGUCGGUGUGGCUGCAGUGCACCGCCAUCAGCAGGAUCUACACGGUGGGGCGCAGCUUCGAGGGCCGGGAGCUCCUGGUCAUCGAGCUGUCCGACAACCCCGGUGUCCAUGAGCCUGGUGAGCCUGAAUUUAAAUACAUUGGGAAUAUGCAUGGUAAUGAGGCCGUUGGACGGGAACUGCUCAUUUUCCUGGCCCAAUACCUGUGCAACGAAUACCAAAAGGGGAACGAGACCAUCGUCAAGCUGAUCCACAACACUCGUAUCCACAUCAUGCCUUCCCUCAACCCCGAUGGCUUUGAGAAGGCUGCAUCUCAGCCUGGUGAGCUCAAGGACUGGUUUGUGGGUCGAAGCAAUGCCCAGGGAAUAGAUCUGAACCGGAACUUUCCAGACCUGGAUAGGAUAGUUUAUGUGAAUGAGAAAGAAGGUGGUCCAAAUAAUCAUCUGUUGAAAAAUCUGAAGAAGAUUGUGGAUCAAAACACGAAGCUUGCUCCUGAGACCAAGGCAGUCAUUCAUUGGAUUAUGGAUAUUCCUUUCGUGCUCUCUGCCAAUCUCCAUGGAGGAGACCUCGUGGCCAAUUACCCAUAUGAUGAGACGCGGAGUGGUAGUGCUCAUGAAUAUAGCUCCUGCCCAGAUGAUGCCAUUUUCCAAAGCUUGGCUCGAGCGUAUUCUGCUUUUAACCCACCCAUGUCUGACCCCAAUCGGCCACCAUGUCGCAAGAAUGACGAUGACAGCAGCUUCAUAGAUGGAACAACCAAUGGUGCUGCUUGGUAUAGUGUACCUGGUGGAAUGCAAGACUUCAAUUACCUCAGCAGCAACUGUUUCGAGAUCACCGUGGAGCUUAGCUGUGAAAAGUUUCCACCUGAAGAGACUCUGAAGAGCUACUGGGAGGAUAACAAAAACUCCCUUAUUAGCUACCUCGAGCAGAUACACCGAGGAGUUAAAGGCUUCGUCCGGGACCUUCAAGGUAACCCAAUUGCCAAUGCAACCAUCUCCGUGGAAGGAAUAGACCAUGACGUUACAUCUGCAAAGGAUGGUGAUUACUGGAGAUUGCUUGUACCUGGAAACUAUAAACUCACAGCUUCAGCUCCAGGGUAUCUGGCGAUAACAAAGAAAGUAGCAGUCCCUUAUAGCCCUGCUGUUGGGGUUGAUUUUGAACUGGAGUCAUUUUCUGAAAGGAAAGAAGUGGAAAAGGAAGAAUUGAUGGAAUGGUGGAAAAUGAUGUCAGAAACUUUAAAUUUUUAA